AUGGGCCAUGGUUGCCUUGUCCAUUUCUGUUCUUCGUCGUCGCGAGGAGGAGGAGGGGGGGAUCUUCCGCCCGCCUUGGCAGCGCUCCUCUAUUCCCGUUCUCCUCCUCUCCUCUCCCCAGUUGUGCCCUGCAGCCAGCUGCAGACCGUGGCAGCAGUCCGCACGGGGCGCAGGCGUGCUUUCGUGUGGCGCAGGGGCGGGCAGCCUUCGCGGGUGUGCACGGCGGCGCUGUUCCCGCAGAUCGAGGCAAUGGGCCCAUCUCGUCUCGCGCCGACUGCAAACACUUUGCUGCUGCCAAGUCGUGAAACACAAGGCUAG